AUGAAGAUCUGGACCUCCGAGCAUGUCUUCGACCACCCCUGGGAAAUGGUCACAACGGCUGUGAUGCAGAAGGACCCCAACCUGAUGAACCCCAGCGUGCUGGGCGUUGACGUCCUGCACAGGCAUGUGGACCCCUCCGGUAAGCUGCACAGCCAGCGGCUUCUGAGCACGGAGUGGGGCCUGCCCUCUGUGGUGCGAAGAUCUCUUGUGGGCGCAGCUCGAGCAAAGACAUACGUGCAGGAGCAUUCUGUAGUUGACCCAGUAGAGAAAACGAUGGCCUCCCUUCUGCCCAUGAGCAUGCUGGAAAUCCUGGGUACCUUUGAAAAAGACCUCUUCGUCAUUUGUCUGAUCUGGCUUCCUUGUGCCCGCUCUCAGCCUCCCUUCUGCCCAGGAACACGCCUGAAAUCCUGGGAACACGCCGGAAAUCCUGGGUACCUUUCAAAAACACCUCUUCGUCACUUGUCUGAUCUGGCUUCCUUGUGUCUGCUCUCAGCCUCCCUUCUGCCCAUGAGCACGCUGGAAAUCCUGGGUACCUUUGAAAAAGACCUCUUCGUCAUUUGUCUGAUCUGGCUUCCUUGUGCCCGCUCUCAGCCUCCCUUCCGCCCAGGAACACGCCGGAAAUCCUGGGUACCUUUCAAAAACAGCUCUUCGUCACUUGUCUGA